AUGCAGUCGAUUGAAAGAGCAAACAUCAUUGAGUCUGAUAGAUUUAUGAAUUUUCCGUCAUCGACAAUGUUUUCUGAUAAAGUUUUCAAAAAUGGAAGCAAUUUCAAAGAAUUUGUAGAUGCUACUGACUGGAUGUGUACAGAUCAAGCAGGUGGUUUUAAUAAGUUUGCAUCAAAUGUCAAUCAUGAAUUACCAUUCCCCAACUUAUCUGGGACCAACUUACUUAUGGACAGCCUUGACGUCUAUCAUCAUUCCACAUACAAAUCGUCGACAAAUGAGUUCUUGGAAAAGCCACGGAUUGGUACUGAUAGUAUGAAAAACAGGUUUACAUCGCUUCAUCCUGAUGAUAUGUCAAACAGAGAAGAAAUGUCUCCCAUAAAAUCAAUGAAUACAAUUUAUACAGCUCAGAAUAAUUUAAGUCAGAUUCACAAUACAUUAGUCACCACUACUAGUAACAAAACAGAAAUCUGUUCUGAAAAUUCAUUGAGCAAUAAUGAUUAUAGAAAGGCAAAUUUGAAAAAUGGCACUUCGGCGCUUGUGAAUUCAUGUAGUACUCCACCGGAGAAUAACAGUUGUUACCCGGUAAAAACCAAUAACAAAAUAACUGAUCUAUCUUUUAACUCGGAAUUCACUGGCAAAACACAAUGUGUGAAUUCAUUUAUGCUGUCUGAGGACUAUAUGACUAGACAUCAGUCGAAUGAACAUGGAAAUAUGAAUGAAUUUAAUCAGUACACUGGGAAUUAUGAAUCCAAAAUUUUUAAUUCAUUUUACAUUCCACCUUUUCCAAAUGAUUUGAAUACAGAGUCUUGUUUAAAUUCAACACUGGACAAGUCCACUUGCUUAAAUCAUGGGAUCAAGUCGAAAUCUCAGGGUUCUGGGCAGAUACAACUAUGGCAAUUUUUAUUAGAACUAUUAGCAGACAGUCAAAACAUAGCAUGUAUCACAUGGGAAGGAAAUGACGGUGAAUUCAAGUUAAUCGAUCCAGAUGAAGUGGCACGACGAUGGGGUGAGAGGAAAUCAAAACCGAAUAUGAAUUACGAUAAAUUGAGUCGUGCUCUACGAUACUAUUAUGAUAAAAAUAUUAUGACUAAAGUACAUGGAAAAAGAUAUGCGUAUAGAUUCGAUUUCACCGGUCUUGCACAAGCUAUGCAAUCAUCCUGUUCGCCAACUUCUUCCUGUGGAGUGUUGGCAUCCCCGUCAGUUCAUGGAUCACUUUCAGGUCUCUCAGGUAAUUCCACAUGUUUAUCAAACGGAUUCUACUCAAAUCAUGGUGAUCGUGACUUGGACCAGAAAAAUGGUGAAGCUUCAGAUAAAUCUAGAAUCUCAUGGAAGAAUAUUCAAGUUGCUGCCGCUGCGGCUGCAGCCUCUUGUUAUUUAACCUGUCCUGAUAAGCAGUUGUCAACUUCAUUUAGUGACAUAAAUGAUCUCACUACUUGCUCGUUGUCUAAUUUACAGAAAAACAAAACUUCCGACAACGGAUAUCUCACCAACGCAUCACAACAGGUUACAUAUUUAAGCUCAGACUUUAAUAAUAAUAAUAAUGAUAAUAAUCUAUUUAUGGCCAAGCCAACCACUGGAAGUAAACGGAAUGAUCAGAACAUAUCUAGAUUAACUCAUCCUUUCGAAACGAACACUGAUCAUGAUAUUCAAACACUGAGUGAAACAAGAUUCUUAUCCCAAGAGAAGAUCAACCCUUCUAUUUUAUCAGGAAAUUACACCAAUUUGUUUAAUCCGUUGUUAUCCAUCGAUAGGCAUAACCAAUGGGAUAUAAACACUAUUCAACAUGAAUGCGAUCAAUCGUCAACUUAUUUCAAGUCACUUUCCGAUGUCAAUGAUAAACUGAAAUACCUACCGACCAAUGAAAAUUGUUUUACUCAGUCAUGUGUAAAUAAUGAUUUACCAUUUGUGGAUUCAAUUCAAACGACAAAUGAUUUUAAAAAUUCAUCUAACUUAUUAUUCAACUGGCCAAAUACUCCAUACUGUCAUUCAUCAUCCACAUCAGUGGUGUCACCGUCUUCUUCUACCUCACAAACAUCCAACAGUAAUUACAACAAUUCACGACCUCAUCAAUUUCCACAUGUCUACAGUCAUGUGCUAAAUGAUUGUUCUAUCCAUGAUUAG